GGGUAACUAAACGGUACUGUAAACAAAACGAACAAAAUUAAUAAAACAUAAACGAGGUAGGCCAAAAUAUGGCGAACUUUAUUGUUUUGUUUGUUGCAAUUGCAUCUUUUUAUGUGCAAAUAGCCAUCGGGCAAAGAUCGCCCACUAUAUCCUAUAUUUCGCAGACACAAAUCAAAGAUAUUGGAGGUACGGUAGAACUCUCUUGCUCUGUCCAAUACACCCAGGAUUAUUCGGUGGUAUGGAUGAAAGUAGACAAAGUAGUGACAGGAAACAGUUUACCCAUUUCAUCUGGAAGUGGAUUAAUUUUACACGACUCAAGGUUCUCUCUUCGGUAUGAUCCAACUAGUUCCACAUAUGUUCUGCAAAUCAAAGACAUUCAAGAGACUGAUGCCGGUACUUAUUCCUGCCAAAUUAUUAUUUCCCCCAACAAUAGAGUUAGUGCCGAAGUAGAGGUCGAGGUGCGAAGACCGCCGUUUAUAUCUGACAAUUCGACUAGAUCUGUGGUAGUUUCGGAAGGCGAAGCUGUUCAAAUGGAAUGUUACGCUGGUGGAUAUCCUCCACCAAAAAUCUCAUGGAGACGUGAAAACAACGCGAUCCUACCGACUGGUGGAUCAAUUUACAGGGGAACCACACUUAAAAUCAAGUCAGUUCAUAAAGAAGAUCGUGGUACUUAUUACUGUGUUGCAGAAAAUGGUGUGGGAAGGGGUACUAAACGUAAUAUAGCUGUUGAGGUGGAGUUUGCCCCUGUUGUUACAGUAUCCAAACCUAGGUUAGGUCAAGCUUUACAGUAUGAUAUGGAUUUGGAGUGCCACGUAGAAGCCUAUCCACCGCCAGCUAUUACUUGGGAGAAAGAUGGCAUUACUCUAUCGAAUAAUCAGCAUUAUAAAAUCUCACAUUUUGCUGUGGCAGAUGAGUUUACUGAUACCACUCUUAGGGUUAUUACAAUUGAGAAAAGACAAUACGGACAGUACAAAUGUAAAGCAGCAAAUAAGUUAGGAACUUCUGAAGAACAGGUGGAACUAUUUGAGUCCAUCAUUCCUGUGUGUCCGCCAGCCUGUGGGUCUAGUCGGUAUGGAGAAGCUUCUACUUUAUCGACAAGUAGCGCAACUUUGUUCAUUUCAAUUAUUAUUUUUAUAUACAGAAGUUUCAACGCCCAACACUAACUAUCCAGGAUUAACAUGGUUGAACCACGGUAGCAAAAUCUACCCUACUUAUAACUUUGUCUUUCUUAUUUUACCGAUGUGCAUUUUUUCAUAGAUACUUUUUUACACUAAAUUUUUAACAGAAAAUGACUGAUUUAGCUAGGUUUUUAGCUAGCUUACUUACACAAAUAGUAAUUAUACAAGAAGUAUUAGACGCGAAAACUAAAUGUAAAGUACUGUAAUUUUGUGUGAUUUUUUUGCAGCUAGGUUAAGUAGGGUCUUUAUUUAUAAGUCCGUAUAUAAACUCAAUGAAUGCAUAACUGUAUAAGAUUAUAAUAAGCAGCUUACAACUACUUUUUGUGAUGACGGCCACUAUACUCAUGAAUAUAUUUGUGAUUUUUACA